GCGACGGCAACCAGGCCAGCUACCGGCACCACCACACCCUACACGACCGCUCACGCCUCCGCAAGACCAUGCGCAGGCGCUCGUCGGUCGCGCUCCCGAGCUUCGGCUCGCGCCGCGGCUCCAACGCCUCCAACUCGUCUUCCCUCAAGGACGACAUCUGCAAGGACAUCUUCCACGUCGGCCUCAUCAACCUCGGCAACUCGUGCUUCUACAACACGAUCGUCCAGUCGCUGUCGGCAACGCAACCUCUGAACGACAUCAUCAAGGCCGCGCCCGAGUCGUCGCCGGCCCUGCGCACCCUGUCGCCCUCGUCGUCCGACUACAACCCGGACCUCGACGCGCUCCCGUCCCCUCUGCCCAUGACGGCCGCGCUCCUCGUCCUCCUCGACAAGCUCGACCCGACCGACGACGGCGACGGCACGCGCGGCAAGAAGGCGUUCAACCCGAAAGGGCUCCUGCGCCAGUUGAGCCUCAAGCAUGACGAGUACGCCGAGGCGACGCAGCAGGACUCGCACGAGCUGUUGCGCCACCUCAUUGACGGCGUCAUGAUGGAGGAGCAAGAUCUCAUCAAGAAGAUCGUCGAGCUGGUCCCCGAGACGGCGUCGCCUCACCGCCCCGGCAUGCCCGACCGCAACGCGACCGAGAUGCCCAUGCCCAACGGCGCCGCCCACCUCGCCGCCGACGACAGCAGCCACGAGUCGGACGCGUCGUCGUCGUCGUCCGGCUCGAGCUCGUCGUCGUCGUCGAGCGACGACGAGUCCGACUCGGACGAGCGCGCCCUGUCGCCCCGCGAGCGCAAGAAGCGCCAGCUGCGGCCGUUCGUCGGCAGCAUCUUCGAGGGCAAGCUCGCGAGCUUCAUCAUCUGCGACGAGUGCAAGAACGUGUCGCUCACCAAGGAGGACUUUAUGGACAUCUCGCUCCCGCUCAAGGACGACACGGGCAACAAGAUGCGCAAGCGCGACCGCAUCCGCCGCACGCUCCAGGCGGGCUUCUUCUCGCGCAAGUCGGGCAAGGCGUCAGGCUCGGACGCCGACUCGUCCUCGUCGGCGGCGGCGCUCAAGACGAGCUCGCUCAACGGCGUGCCCAAAAACGGGCGCUCGUACUCGGAGAACGAGGGCGCCGCGGCGGCGGGAGGAGGCGGCAGCGCGUCGGCGUCCGAGGCCGACGAGACGGACGAGGACCACAUCCGGCCGCCCGGCCACGCGCACGGCAACGGCCUCGGGCCCGUCAACGCGGCGCAGCAGUCGGGCGCGCUCCCUCGUUCGCGACACGCGAGCCUAGACCCGUCGCAGUUCACGCGCGACACGGCCCGCUCGUCGCUGCGCCCGGACAGCGCCGUCUCGAGCGCCGCCACGUCGCGCGACCCGUCGCCGCUCGGGCGCGCCCUGAGCGUCCUCAGCAACGGCUCGAGCCAAGGCGGGUCGGGCUCUCACGGCCACGGGCACCACCACCACCACCACUUCUCGCGCCGGGCAAAGAUCCCCAAGCCGACGCCCGAGCAGGUGCGGUACAUCAAGGAGGUCCUGCACGACAUCCCGGCGGCCGAGGCCAUGCUCGGCGGCUCGUCGACGCCCGCCGGGAGCCUCCCGCCGGGCCUGCGCGUCGCUCGCCCGCCCGGCUCGAGCGGCGCCGUCCCGUCGUCGGCGCCCACGAGCGACGCCUCGUCGGUCGACAGCGCCCGGUCGUCGCUCGCCAAGCUGCGCAUCGCCAACGGCGCCGCCGACUGGCAGCACACGGACCUGUUCGAGUGCUUCCGCCAGUUCACGGGCGUCGAGGUCCUCGAGGGCGAGAACUCGUUCGCGUGCCGCAACUGCUGGAAGUGGCUCAACCCGGACCUCGAGGCCAAGCGGCGCGAGGAGCGUGCGCAGAAGAAGAGCGCGCGCGAGCGCGUGCGCGAGGUGCGCAGGGCCGAGCGCGAGGGCCGCGGGCCGCGCGCCGUCAACGACAACGGUAACGGCGUCGCGCACGGCGGCGAGCACGAUGGCGACGACGACGACGAUGAGAUGGACCCGGCCGACCGCACGGCGCGCAACACGCCCGCGCACUCGCCCAAGGUCGUCGCCGCCUUCUCGGGCCUGUCCGAGGUCCCGUCCAUCGCGCCUCUCUCGUCGCCCGGGCCCGCCAAGGUCGCUCCUCCUCCCGACGCUGCCGCCACGCCCUCGCAGGCCCCGAUGCGCUCCUUCUCGAUGUCGUCGGCCGCGACGAGCAACGUUACGGCGGGCACCUCGGCCGCCUCGACGAGCUACGACGCCGGCCUGUCGAGCGACGCGUUCGAGACGACGACCGACGAGGAGGACAACGCGUCGCAGAGCCUCGACGACGGCGCGAGCUUGAGCGGGAGCCUGAGCGCCGCACCGGCGGCAGCGCCGGCCUCGGCCCCGCCGACGUCGGCGGCGGCGCAGGACGAGCCCGCCGUCGCCCCUCUCGGCGCCGAGCAGCUCCCGCUCACGACGGCCAACGUCGAGAAGGUGGCCGCCGACCCGUCGCUCCUCGUCGUCCCGCCCUCGCGGGCGCCCGCCGCCGCCGGCUCGGCCACCUCGGGCGGCGGCAUCACUCGUGCGCCGCCGUCGCCCGGCGCCACGUCGGGCAAGUCGCUCGCGUCGACCAAGGCGCCUCCUCCUGCCGUCAACGCCAAGCCGCCGCCCAAGAAGCAGCGCCACAUCUUGCGCCGGGCGCACAAGCGGUACCUCAUCUCGUCGGACGACUUGCCGCCCGUCCUCGUCAUCCACCUCAAGCGCUUCAUGCAGACGAGCAAGUCGAGCCUGUUUGGCGCCGCGUUCGUCAACCUCAAGAAGCGCGACGACCCGGUGUCGUUCCCCAAGGAGAUGGACCUCACGCCGUUCCUCGCGCCGCCCGGUCGCCCGCCGCGCGUCAACCCGAACGCGUUCGGCUCGUCGGCCUCUGCGCCCGGUCCCGGUGCCGAGAUCACGAAGCGCUCGAGCUGGCGCAGCGGGCUCCGACACGCGCACCACCCCGAGGCGCCGACGCCGUCGUCGUCGUCGUCGUUGUCGUCCCGAGUCGACCUCGAGGCCGAGGCGCCGAUCGAGCUCGAGAAGACGGCGCACAACGCGCGGUACCGCCUGUACGCGGCCGUCGUGCACCACGGCUCGCUCGACACGGGCCACUACGCGUCGUACGUCCUGUCGAAGCGGUACGGGCGCGGCGACGAGGCGGGCAAGGGCGAGCGCAGGUGGGUCUUCUGCAGCGACGAGGACGUGACGGCCGUCAGCGAGGCAGAGGUCCUCCGCAGCAAGGCCUACAUGCUGUUCUACGAGCGCGUCCCUCCCGCCGCCGCGACCGCCGACGCUCCGCCGCCUGCUCCGUCUGCGCCGUCGGGCACGAAUGCCGAGGGCGAGUCGACGCCGGCGGUGCCGCUGCCGUCGCUCGGCGAGGGAGACGAGCCGGUGCAGCAGGCGUCGGCCAAGAUGUGAGGGGGCGGGCGGGCGCAGUAGAGCGAGGCGAGACGAGCAUGUAACUUAUGGACAUAGACGCUCGUUCC